GGAAUAUUCAAUACAUUUUUUUUUUCUUCGUGUUUUUUCCUGGAACAUUAAUGGUGGAAAUUCUGAGAUUGGAGUUCUUACAAUGCUAUUUAACUGGUCUCAUUCUGGCCUUUUCCUUCGCAUAAUUUUCUUGUUUAUCCCCAGGAGAUCAACUGCUUCAGGGAUCAAUCUGAUUUUCUUCCUGUGACUAGCUAUAUCUUUGAUCUCUAUUUCUCUGGCUACAGCACUUAAUUUUCUUGUUUAUCGCCAGGAGCUUCACUACUUCAAGCAUCAAACUGAUUUUCCUCCUGUGAUUAGCUAUAUCUUUGAUCUCUAUUUCUCUGACUACAAUGUAUUCUUACUUGCAUCUGCCUUCUACUGCAACAGCUAGGGUGGUAUUUCUCUACGCUUUGAUUUGGUCAUUGCUGAGCACUGCAAGUGUUGGCGAUGUCUCUGAUAUCAAUUGCUUGAGAUCUAUAAAAGACUCUUUGGACGAUCCUCACGAUCGCUUCAAAUCUACAUGGAACUUCAACAACAAUACAGAAGGAUUCAUCUGCCUAUUUAAGGGGGUCGAAUGCUGGCAUGGUGAUGAAAACAAAAUUUUGAGCAUAAAUCUAUCCAGCAUGGGUCUCAGGGGCCAGUUUCCUCGAGACAUAAACAAUUGCUCACUUAGCGGCUUAACUGGGUUAGACCUUUCAAACAAUGAGCUCUCUGGACCAAUUCCAUCUAAUAUAUCACAUAUGCUCCCUUAUUUAACUUCCCUUAAACUCUCUUCCAACAAAUUCUCAGCUGAAAUCCCAGUGAAUUUAGCCAAUUGUACUUUUCUAAAUGUUCUCUAUCUUGACCACAAUCAACUAAUAGGUCAAAUCCCACCAGAACUUGGCUUCCUUGCCCGGAUGAAGAUCUUUACUGUUUCUGAUAACCUAUUAUAUGGUCCGGUACCUUAUUUUCAAAAUGCUUUUUCAAGUGAUAGCUUUACUAAUAAUCCGGGACUUUGUGGAAAACCUUUAGAUCCCUGUGAGAGUGGAUCAAAACCAAUGGAUUCAUUCAAAAAUGGUUUUGUUGUUGGAUAUGUAAUUUUUUCUGUUUCAGUUAUUACUAUUUUUAUCUCCUACUGUGUGCCAUGGACACAAGGGAAGAAGAAGAGUGAAGUCCCAUGGCAAAUCAUGUUGAAUCUGAUACUGCAAGGGAAAAACAAAAGAAAGCAAUCUCAGCAGGUGAAGGAAAUGCCAUCUGUGGAACUUCUACAUGAAGAAAGCAAAGAGACUUCUAUCUUGGUGAAACUGGUUUCAAGACUGAGUUAUACAGAAAUUAGUGAAGCAACAAACAAUUUUAAUGAAGAAAAUAUCAUUGGAAUUGGACAAAUGGGGACAAUUUACAAGGCAGUGCUGCCUAAUGGAUGGCUCCUUGCAGUGAAGAGAUUACAUGACACUUACCUAUUUGAUGAGCAUUUUAUAACAGAAUUGAAGACACUGGGUAGAUUGAGGCAUGAGAACCUCGUGCCCCUCUUGGGAUUCUGCAUACAGUCGAAGGAAAGGCUUUUGGUUUACAAAUACAUGUCCAAAGGCAGUCUUUGUGAUUGGCUACAUCCUGAGGAAGGUGGGGCAAGAAUCAUGGAAUGGCCCUUAAGGGUCAAAAUUGCAAUUGGAGCAGCAAGAGGCUUGGUUUGGCUCCAUCAGAGGUGCAAUUUCCACGUAAUCCAUCUUGACAUUAGCUCCAAGUGCAUCUUACUUGAUGAGAACUUUGUUCCCAAGUUAUCAAACUUUGGAGAGGCAAUGCUCCUGAAAUCAUACAGCAUUGAUUCAACUGAAAGCUUCUCAAUUAAUAGUGAGUUUUGGGAAUCAAGCUUUGCUAAAGAGGAUGUCUAUUGCUUUGGAAUUUUGCUUCUCGAGCUGAUCACUAGAGAGGAUCCUAGAAGCAUGACAACAUACUCAGACACUAGCAAUGAGACACUCAACAAUUGGGUUACACAUCUCUCUACAAGCUCUAAUUUCUAUAGCAUUGUUGAUAAAUCACUGAUGGGGCAAGGAUUUGACCAGGAAAUCUUUCAGUUUCUGAAGGUUGCAUUGGAUUGUGUUCAACCAUAUCCAGAUCAAAGGCCAACAAUGCUUCAAUUGUACAAAAAACUAGCUGCUAUUGGUAAGAGACAUGGCCUCUCAACUGACUCUGAGGUAUUGACACACCAUGGAGAAACCUCAACACUCAGAAGAGAUGAAUGCAAUGAAGAUGAAAUCAUAGAGGUUUAAAGACACUGCAUUUAUCAUAUUAUGAUAGAUAUAGUAAUACUACUACUCUCAGGUCGUGAGGAGUUUUUUUUUUUUCCUUUUCUAUUUGUAAAAGUAGCAGAUGUUAGAACUGAAGCUUGUUUUUCAGGACAUCCUGAUCCUGAUAUUUUUAACUGUCAUGGUUCAUUUAGGAUAUUUAAGUCUUUUGAUUAGUUUUCCGCCAUCUCAUAUAAUAAUAUAACUAUUUCUCUUCAAAUCCAACCAAAUUGAAUUCAACGAACAACACAGCCUACUUUACCUAAAAAGAAAGAGUAAAAACUGAAAUUUGGAGAUUUUACCUCUUCCCCAAGCAACUUGAUUUAGGAAGGAGAAGGAGCCCCCUCCAGGCUUCUCAUGUAAGCACAGCUAAAGGAGAUCUUGGGAUCCUUCGCCAUAAUUGCGAACAAUCUUGGGUGCAUUUAGGAAGAAACGCUAGGGAUUUUC